AUGGAUACAACCAAACACAAGACGGACACAGCAAAACACAAUAUGGAUACAACCAAACACAAGACGGACACAACAAAACACAAUAUGGAUACAACCAAACACAAGACGGACACAACUGAACACAAUAUGGAUAAACACAAGACAACCAAACACAAUAUGGAUGCAACUAAACACAAGACGGACACAACUGAACACAAUAUGGAUGCAACUAAACACAAGACGGACACAACCAAACACAAGACGGACACAACUAAACACAAGACGGGCACAACCAAACACAAGACGGACACAACCAAACACAAGACGGACACAACCAAACACAAGACGGACACAACCAAACACAAUAUGGAUACAACCAAACACAAGACGGACACAAACUAA